AUGAACAACAUUGUUAGUGAUGAAUAUAGAUGGGUCGCUCUAGUGGCCUCACUUAUCGGAUUCCAUUUGACUAUUACUGGAUUUGUGGCUGGAGGCAAAAGAAAGGCAACAUUUACCCCAGAAAUAAUUAGCUAGGUAUAAGACGAACAUGAGAAGUUUUUCCCAGGCACUCAAAUUAACAAAGAAGGCUACCCAGAUAUGGGCAAUGGUAGAUAUUCUUAAAAGCUAUCAUAUAAGGACUGGUACAACUUCAAUAAUGCCCAAAGAGCUCAUUACAACUAUCUUGAGUGCGCUACUGUUGUGAUCACAUGGCUAUUGAUUGCUGGCGUAAAAUACGAAUGGUAUGCAGUUGGAUUUGGAAGUGCUUUCCUCCUAGGAAGACUUAUGUACGCAUUUGGAUACGCUGCUAAGGGUCCUCAAGGAAGAGUUAUCGGUUUCUUGAUAUCACUUUUAGCCUCACUUGCAUUAUGUGUACUCGCCAUUCUUUCAUCUUUAAGACUUGCCAACGUCUAUUGA